ACCUAUAAUAACAAAUUAUAUUUACUUAAUGAUAUAGAAUAUUGUAUACACAAACAAUUCGUGCACAAAACUCAGGCUCUUCGGUGAAACUUAAAAAAGAAAAACUUCUUUAGUGCGCCUCUUUUGCAUGUUAUAUAUACAAGACACGUUUCCUCUCUACAACCCCUCAACUUCUACAACUAUAUCUUUACUCUCAAAAUUAUCAAACCAAUAAUUUACUAAGCCUAAAUUACUACUACUUGCUACUCACGAUGAAGCAAUUAAGCAUAUCAUCUUUUCUUGUAUUUCUCAUUUUCUUGUUUGUUUUCUUUUCACCAGCAUCCUCUUCCCGUUGCUUAUCAACCAGAAAUAAUGAAGUACUCAAAGAGGAGGUAAUAAAGAUCAAUGGAAAAUUGAGUGUUCCUUUAUAUAAUUCACUUGAGGAGAUGGAAACUACUGAUUCCCUAGAUAAGCUGAUGGGAGUGGAGGAAUGUGGAGAAGAAGAUGGAGAAUGUUUGAAGAGAAGGGUACUUGCAGAAGCUCACCUUGAUUACAUCUACACUCAGCACCAUAAUCACCCUUGAUAUAUAUUUAAUUAAUAAUUAAUCUUCUAGCUAGCUAGAUGUGUGGUGUUAAUAAAUUAAAGGGCCUAGCUUUAAAGACCUUUUCUUUUCAACAUUAAAUAAUCCUUCCUACAUUUUCCUUUUUGGUCCAUAUCUUUUCUAACCCACUGUUUUGAGAUAUAUAAGGGCCUCUUGUGUGGUUGCAAAUAUAAAUGUGGUAUUAUUUCAAGAA